GUGAAUUGACCCCUCUACAUUUAGGUUGGUAGUGUUGAACUGAUCUCGCAGUAAGGCUACUGACAGAGAGCUCUUCGCUUAUGGACGGUACUCGGAGAUCGGAGAUUUAUCCGAGGGUUAGGUCGUAGCUGAUCUACAGUUAAAAAAGCUAACGCGAAAUUCAACUGGGAUGAUACUAGAUGGCUCUGUGGGUGACAUUAUGGACCAGCGAGCGUGAAAAGGUGGACUACGUAUCGAUAACAGCUAACAGGUGGUAGAGUAGAACUGUACUAGUAUCUAAGGGCAGACAGGACAGACGAGCUGGCAAAGAACCGAAACCCUGCAGUCAAGAGGGAAGUGUUACUGCUAAGCAGGUCCGUAACAAACGAGGAGGCCGCGCCGAUCCUGAAAAGGACGAUCCAGGGUUGAGCUGAGGAGGAGGAGUGGGGAACAAAUACAAAACAAAGGGAAAAAAACCAAGGGAGGAGGUACCCGCAAAACCAGGCGGGGGGAGGAGGAGGCACUGUGAUGCGAGGCUGCGUUCGAAGCUCCAAGGCUCUGGCCCCUGCCAUGUUUCCCAGGCUCCAGUUUGACAUGCAUCGGUGGGGUUUGUUGCUGGGGCGACGGGGCCUGGCCUCUGCAGGGGAACCCCACCCCACCCCACUGCCCAACCAGGCCCGAGUGGUGAUCUGUGGAGGGGGCAUUGUGGGUUCCUCUGUAGCCUAUCAUCUUGCCAAGCUGGGCUGGAAGGACGUGGUGCUGCUGGAGCAGGGAAGGCUUGGCGCAGGGACGACUCGGCUGUGUGCUGGUAUUGUGAGCACAGCUAAGCACAUCCCAAUUGAGAGUAAGAUGGCUGACUAUUCCAACACACUUUAUCAACAGCUGGAACAGGAAACCGGGGUGAAGACAGGGUAUGUGAAGACAGGCUCCCUCUGCCUCGCCCAGAAUCAGGAUCGGUUCAUCUCGCUAAAGCGCCUCGCCUCCCGCCUCAAGGUUUUGGGGAUACCCUGUGAUGUCAUCACCCCAAAGCAGGUGGCAGAGCUCCACCCACUGGUUAAUAUUCAUGAUUUGGUGGGGGCGGUCCAUGUGCCAGGUGAUGCUGUGGUGUCUCCUCCCGAUGUUAACCAUGCCUUGGUGGUGGCUGCAGCAAAGAACGGAGUGCAGAUCCAUGAACACACAAGUGUCAAUCACGUCAUGGUCCAGAAGGGUCAGGUGACAGGGGUGGAAACGGACCGCGGGACAAUCGACUGUGACUAUUUUGUGAAUUGUGCCGGACAGUGGGCGUAUGAGCUGGGCCUGUCCAGUGAGGAUCCUGUAUCGGUGCCUGUGCAUGCCUGCGAGCAUUUCUACCUGCUGACCAAGCCUCUGGAGCAGCCCCUCCAGCCACACACACCAGUGGUGAUGGACUUGGAUGGUCGGAUCUAUGCGAGAGCCUGGCAGGGGGGCGUGCUGUCGGGCGGCUUUGAGAAGAAUCCGAAACCCAUCUUCACAGAGGGAAGGAGUCAGCUUGAGAUCCAGGGCAUGCAGGAAGACUGGGACCACUUUGAACCCAUGCUGAGUGCCCUCCUGCGCAGGAUGCCCUCCCUGGAUUCCUGUGAGAUCCACCAGCUUAUCAACUGGCCCGAGUCCUUCACCCCUGACAUGCGAUGCAUCAUGGGGGAGACGCAGACCGUGCACGGCUACUUUGUGCUGGGGGGCAUGAACUCAUCAGGGCUGUCGUUUGCAGGGGGCGGCGGGAGGUACCUGGCAGAGUGGAUGACCCAUGGGUACCCUUCGGAGAACGUGUGGCCCCUCGAUGUGAAGCGCUUCGGCACCCUGCAGAGCAGCCGCACCUUCCUGCGCCAUCGUGUCAUGGAGGUCAUGCCCCUGUUGUAUGAGCUGAAAGUGCCUCGCUGGGACUUCCAGACAGGGCGACAGCUGCGCACCUCCCCACUGUAUGACCGGCUGGACACGCAGGGCGCGCGCUGGAUGGAGAAGCACGGCUUUGAGAGGGCCAAGUACUUUGUACCGUCCGGCAAGGACCUGCUGGCGCUGGAUCAGAGUAAAACCUUCUACAAGCCAGACUGGUUUGAUAUCGUGGGGGCAGAGGUGAAGUGCUGUAAGGAGGCUGUGUGUGUCGUCGAUAUGUCAUCCUUCAGCAAGUUUGAGCUCAGCUCACCAGGGGACCAGGCCUUGGAGCUGCUACAGAGACUGUGUGCCAAUGACCUGGACGUGCCAGUGGGUCACAUCGUCCACACGGGCAUGCUGAACCAGCGUGGCGGCUACGAAAACGACUGCAGCGUGGUGCGGCUCAGCAAAAACAGGUUCUUCAUCAUCUCCCCCUCUGAUCAGCAGAUUCACUGCUGGUCCUGGAUCAAGCAGCACAUGCCCAGUGAUUCCCAGCUGCAGCUUGAGGAUGUCACCUGGAAGUACACAGCGCUGAAUGUCAUUGGCCCCCGUGCAAUGGAUGUGCUCUCUGAACUCUCCUAUGUGCCCUUGACCCCCGACCACUUCCCCUCACUCUUCUGUAAGGAAAUGAGUGUGGGGUACGCCAAUGGGAUCCGGGUAAUGAGCAUGACACACACUGGAGAGCCAGGCUUCAUGCUCUACAUCCCUAUUGAGUAUGCCUUGCACGUCUAUAAUGAGGUGAUGUCUGUGGGACAGAAGUAUGGGAUUCGCAACUCUGGCUACUACGCCCUGCGCAGCCUGCGCAUCGAGAAGUUCUUCGCCUUCUGGGGUCAGGACCUGGAUGCAUUCACCACCCCCCUGGAGUGCGGGCGUGAGUUCAGGGUCAAAUUCGACAAGGGGACGGAGUUCAUCGGGAGGGAGGCUCUGCUGCAGCAGCGGCAGGCAGGGGUGAGGCGUCGCUUCAUCAUGUUCCUGCUGGAGGACCACAAUACGGAGCUGGACCUCUGGCCCUGGUGGGGGGAGCCCAUCUACCGCAAUGAGGAGCUGGUGGGGGUGACUAGCAGCAGCGCCUACAGCUACACUCUAGAGAGACACGUGUGCCUGGGCUUCGUGAAGCCACCACAGACCGAUCCGGGUGCGUCCGCUGUCGUCACGGCCGACUUCAUCAACCGCGGAGAAUACGAGGUGGAGAUUGCCGGCCAUCGCUACCACGCCAAGGCCAAGCUGUACCCCUUCAGCUCGCUCUUCGCUCAGCAGCGCCGCCGCAAGGAUGACAUGGAGCUCAGCAGCUUCCAGGGCAAUUAGAGGAAGGCCAUCUUCUUUGUGGCCUGUGGGCGCGCGUUUGUCUGAAGAAUCUGGAACGCCUUAGAAUAACUGAGAGUUGUUUACUUUUCAAAUAAUCAUUUAUUAACAGGAAUUGCUCAAACCCAAAGAACAUUAGUCAAAUAUCUUAAUCAUCUUGAUAAAAUGUUUUAAUGCAUUCAAUGCUGCAACCCAGCAUAGUGAAAAGUCCACUUCUCCUGUUUUUUAAACUACAGUGUUGACCAUUAAGGUUUACCUGUACCUAGUUCAGUAUCUGUCUGAUGAUUGAUGGUUCAUUUUAGUGAUGUAUGGUCUUAUUUGGAAGGUGACCAUACCUUUGGACACUGGACGCUUGAAAACGUACUUACCGUAUAGUAAGCAUAUCUGAGUAUGAAAGAUGUGUAACUUGCACUCAUCAAAAAAGGAUAAUAGACUUCCAAGCCUCAAUUUUUCAAUACAUCAUCAAGGAUG